AUGACGGUGACGCCCCUCGACUUCGAGGCGAUCACAGGGCUCAGGGUUGGCGGAGACCCGAUCCCCUACGACUCGAGCCUGGUGCUGGACGACGCGGCUCUGAGGUGGUUCCUUGGACGAGUGCCACGCCACAGCGGAGGGAUGGCAGCUUACGGGCAGUUCGUGGAGUACUGGAACCACGAGCCCGCGACUGACGAGGAGGCGGCCCAGAUGGCCCGGGCGUACCUGCUAUACUUGUUCGGGGCUUCUCUGUUCCCGAACAGGCGUAGUCGGGUGCACCUGUGCUACCUAGUGGGUUUGGUGGACCUGGGACAGGCGGGGCGCUUCGACUGGGGAGGUGAUGCUCUGUGCACGCUCUACUGUCUCCUUGGAGCUGCUUCUCGCGGGGUCGGAGACACAGUUGGAGGGUAUUGGCGAGUGUUCGAGCUUUGGGCUUACGAGGUUCUUGGGAUGUUCCCGCCCGAAAAUACUUGUACGGACCCGAACCUUUUUCCACGCGGCUUAGCCUGGGGUAAGGCGUACUGA